AUGUCGAAGACCAAGGUUUCCACCAAGGCUGAGAAGCCCAACAAGACCUUGAGCAAGGUCAAGGACGCUGGUGUCGCUAAGGCGUCCAAGUCCUCGUCGGCCAAGAGUAAGGCUGUUGCUAGCAAGGUUGCUGCCAAGGACGAGAAGAAGAACAAGAAGAAGAAGGAGCCUACUCCUAGCAGCUCCGAGUCCGAGUCCGACAGCGAUGAGGACAUGAAGGAUGCCUCCAGCAGCAGCGAGAGUGAGAGCGAGGAUGAGAAGCCGGCCAAGAAGGAGGUGAAGAAGCCUGCUGCUAAGGCUGCUGAGUCUUCCUCUGAAUCCGAGUCGGAGUCUUCGGAGUCCGAGUCGGAGGACGAGAAGCCUGCUCCCAAGGAGAAGAAGGCCGCUGCCAAGGCCGCUGAGUCUUCCUCCGAGUCGGAGUCUGAGGAGGAGUCUGAGGAGGAAGCUCCCAAGAAGGCCGCUGCCAAGGCCGACUCCAGCGACAGCUCUGAGUCUGAGUCUGAGUCCGAGUCCGAGGAUGAGAAGCCGGCCAAGAAGGACGCUAAGAAGGAGGAGGCCAAGGAGGAUUCUUCCGACGAGUCUGAGUCUGAGUCUGAGUCUGACUCUGAUGACUCUGACAGCUCUGCGUCUGAGUCGGACAGCGAGGAUACUGCCAAGGCCUCCAAGAAGCGCAAGGCCGAUGAUGAGCCUGAAGUGACUGCGAAGAAGACCAAGACUGCUCCCGCUCCUGAGGGCGCCUCGCCCAAUCUGUUCGUUGGCAACCUGUCGUGGAAUGUCGACGAGGAGUGGCUUCAGCGCGAGUUCGCCGAGUUCGGCGAGCUGUCUGGCGUUCGCAUCGUCACUGACCGUGACAGCGGCCGCUCUCGCGGAUUCGGUUACGUCGAGUUCACUGACGCUGCCGAUGCUGCCAAGGCCAUGGAGGCCAAGAAGGGCACCGAUCUUGAUGGCCGUACCAUCAACCUCGACUACGCCACUGGCCGCCAGAACAACGCUCAGCAGGGCGGUGACCGCGCCCAGGCUCGUGCCCGCUCCUACGGCGACCAGACCAGCCCCGCCAGCGACACUCUGUUCGUGGGCAACCUGCCGUUCAGCGCUUCCGAGGACGCUCUCCGCGACGUGUUCGGCGAGCAGGGCAGCAUCCUAGGCAUCCGCCUGCCUACUGACCAGGAGACCGGCCGCCCCAAGGGCUUCGGCUACGUCCAGUUCUCGUCCGUCGAGGAGGCUCAGGCCGCUCACUCGGCUCUGGCUGGCCAGGAGCUCGAGGGCCGUGCUAUGCGCCUGGACUUCAGCACUCCCCGUCCCAGCAACGGUGGCGACCGCGGUGGUCGUGGUGGCUUCGGCGGCCGUGGCGGUGGCCGCGGAGGCCGUGGAGGCUUCGGUGAUCGUGGUGGCCGUGGCGGUCGUGGAGGCCGUGGUGGCUUCGGCGACCGUGGUGGCCGUGGCGGCUUCAACAAGGGCAAGGGCAGCAUCCCUGAGUACAAGGGCACCAAGGUUACUUUCUAA